AUGAACCGCGCCAAAGCCGGUCGCAAAAAGGCCGAAGGGGGUGCCAGAUCGUUGAUCCCCUGUAUAGUCUUCCUCAUUUCCGCUGCGUGCGUCAUUUUGGUCAUUUCGUACACCGGCGCAAACAUCGCCACUAAAACAUCCGCGCAGCCCGGCGCAAAGAACCCGCGCGGAGGCGGGGAAAGCGCGGACGUCAUGGAGGAAGGCGGGGGGGAGGGUGAUGACGCGGGGGAAAUUUCGUUCGUAAAGGGUGGCGUAGGCGCGGCGCCAUUCCUGCCGGAUUUCGAUCUGAGCCGUCCAGUGGAGCACGGGCCGAAGGGGAAGCGGUUGAGUAAAGAGGAGCAGGAGUACGUGAGCGCGGAGGCGGAAUACCAGAUGCGUCUGGCGCGGCGGAACGAGCUGACAGGGGGCAAGCGCCCCGAGCCGCCGUUCCCGCGGUGGAAGCCGGGCAAGAUCAAGGAGGUGUUCCUCACGCCCACCUACCCCUGCAAGCGCGCCGAGCGCCUGGGGGGCACGGGGGCGGACGGAGAAGGCGGAAAAGAAGCAGCCCUGGGUGGGAAAGGCCUUGAUGGGAAGCCGGGCAAGAUCAAGGAGGUCUUCCUCACGCCCAUCUACCCCUGCAAGCACGCCGAGCGCCUGGGGGGCACGGGGGCGGACGGCGAGGGGGAAAGGGGCAGAUUUGGUGUUGAUGGGGUAACUCUACUGGUGGAGAAGGCCAAAUGGGACGAUCUACCUCUAAAUCCCCUCCCCCGGUCCCUGUCCCCAUUACCCCGUUCCCGUCCUGCCCCACCCUGCCCCCAACGCUUGGGUGUGCAACAUCCGGAAACUGAGAGGGGGAGGCAGGAGGCCUAUCGUGUUCCCAUGCCCUUAUCCCGUCCCGCCCUGCCCCUGUCCCCAUGCCCCGGUUCCCCCUCACCCGCCCCGGUUCCCCCUCACCCGCCCCGGUUCCCCCUCACCCGCCCCGGUUCCCCUCACCCGCCCCGGUUCCCCCUCCAACCCGCCCCGGUUCCCCCUCACCCGCCCCCGGUUCCCCCUCACCCGCCCCGGUUCCCCCUCACCCGCCCCGGUUCCCCCUCACCGCCCCGGUUCCCCCUUCACCCGCCACGGUUCCCCCACUCACCCGCCUCCGGUUCCCCCUCACCACGCCCCGGUUCCCCCUCACCCGCCCCGGUUCCCCCUCACCGCCCCGGUUCCCCUACACGCCCGGUUCCCCCUCACCCGCCCCGGUUCCCCCCUCACCCGCCCCGGUUCCCCCCUCACCCCGCCCCGUUCCCCCUCACCCGCCCCGUUCCCCCUCACCCGCCCCGGUUCCCCCUCACCCGCCCCGGUUCCCCCUCACCCGCCCCGGUUUCCCCCUCACCCGCCCCGGUUCCCCUCCACCCGCCCCGUUCCCCCUCAACCGCCCCGGUUCCCCCUCACCCCGCCCCGUUCCCCCUCACCCGCCCCGGUUCCCCUCACCCGCCCCGGUUCCCCCUCACCGCCCCGGUUCCCCCUCACCCGCCCCGGUUCCCCCCUCACCCGCCCCGGUUCCCCCUCACCCGCCCCGGUUCCCCCUCACCCGCCCCGGUUCCCCCUCACCCGCCCCGGUUCCCCCUCACCCGCCCCGGUUCCCCCUCACCCGCCCCGGUUCCCCCUCACCCGCCCCGGUUCCCCCUCACCCGCCCCGGUUCCCCCUCACCCGCCCCGGUUCCCCCUCACCCGCCCCGGUUCCCCCUCACCCGCCCCGGUUCCCCCUCACCCGCCCCGGUUCCCCCUCACCCGCCCCGGUUCCCCCUCACCCGCCCCGGUUCCCCCUCACCCGCCCCGGUCACCCGCCCCGGUUCCCCCUCACCCGCCCCGGUUCCCCCUCACCCGCCCCGGUUCCCCCUCACCCGCCCCGGUUCCCCCUCACCCGCCCCGGUUCCCCCUCACCCGCCCCGGUUCCCCCUCACCCGCCCCGGUUCCCCCUCACCCGCCCCGGUUCCCCUCACCCGCCCCGGUUCCCCCUCACCCGCCCCGGUUCCCCCUCACCCGCCCCGGUUCCCCCUCACCCGCCCCGGUUCCCCCUCACCCGCCCCGGUUCCCCCUCACCCGCCCCGGUUCCCCCUCACCCGCCCCGGUUCCCCCUCACCCGCCCCGGUUCCCCCUCACCCGCCCCGGUUCCCCCUCACCCGCCCCGGUUCCCCCUCACCCGCCCCGGUUCCCCCUCACCCGCCCCCGGUUCCCCCUCACCCGCCCCGGUUCCCCCUCACCCGCCCCGGUUCCCCCUCACCCGCCCCGGUUUCCCCCCACCCGCCCCCGGUUCCCCCUCACCCGCCCCGGUUCCCCCUCACCCGCCCCGGUUCCCCCUCACCCGCCCCGGUUCCCCCUCACCCGCCCCGGUUCCCCCUCACCCGCCCCGGUUUCCCCCUCACCCCCGCCCCGGGUUCCCCCUCACCCGCCCCGGUUCCCCCUCACCCGCCCCGGUUCCCCCUCACCCGCCCCGGUUCCCCCUCACCCGCCCCGGUUCCCCCUCACCCGCCCCGGUUCCCCCUCACCCGCCCCGGUUCCCCCUCACCCCGCCCCGGUUCCCCCUCACCCGCCCCCGGUUCCCCCUCACCCGCCCGGUUCCCCCUCACCCGCCCCGGUUCCCCCUCACCCGCCCCGGUUCCCCCUCACCCGCCCCCGGUUCCCCCUCACCCGCCCCGGGUUCCCCCUCACCCGCCCCGGUUUCCCCCUCACCCGCCCCGGUUCCCCCUCACCCGCCCCGGUUCCCCCUCACCCGCCCCCGGUUCCCCCUCACCCGCCCCGGUUCCCCCUCACCCGCCCCGGUUCCCCCUCACCGCCCGGUUCCCCCUCACCCGCCCCGGUUCCCCCUCACCCGCCCCGGUUCCCCUCACCCGCCCCGGUUCCCCCUCACCCGCCCCGGUUCCCCUCGACCCUCCCGUUCCCCCUCACCCGCCCCGGUUCCCCCUCACCCGCCCCGGUUCCCCUCACCCGCCCCUGUUCCCCCUCACCCGCCCCGGUUCCCCCUCACCCGCCCCGGUUCCCCCUCCACCCGCCCCGGUUCCCCCUCACCCGCCCCUGUUCCCCCUCACCCGCCCCUGUUCCCCCUCACCCGCCCCUGUUCCCCCUCACCCGCCCCUGUUCCCCCUCACCGCCCCUGUUCCCCCUCACCCGCCCCUGUUCCCCCUCACCCGCCCCUGUUCCCCCUCACCCGCCCCUGUUCCCCCUCACCCGCCCCUGUUCCCCCUCACCCCGCCCCUGUUCCCCCUCACCCGCCCCUGUUCCCCCUCACCCGCCCCUGUUCCCCCUCACCCGCCCCUGUUCCCCCCUCACCCGCCCCUGUUCCCCCUCACCCGCCCCUGUUCCCCCUCACCCGCCCCUGUUCCCCCUCACCCGCCCCUGUUCCCCCUCACCCGCCCCUGUUCCCCCUCACCCGCCCCUGUUCCCCCUCACCCGCCCGGUUCCCCCUCACCCGCCCCGGUUCCCCCUCACCCGCCCCGGUUCCCCCUCACCCGCCCCGGUUCCCCCUCACCCGCCCCGGUUCCCCCUCACCCGCCCCGGUUCCCCCUCACCCGCCCCGGUUCCCCCUCACCCGCCCCGGUUCCCCCUCACCCGCCCCGGUUCCCCCUCACCCGCCCCCGGUUUCCCCCUCACCCGCCCCGGUUCCCCCUCACCCGCCCCGGUUCCCCCUCACCCGCCCCGGUUCCCCCUCACCCGCCCCGGUUCCCCCUCACCCGCCCCGGUUCCCCCUCACCCGCCCCUGUUCCCCCUCACCCGCCCCGGUUCCCCCUCACCCGCCCCGGUUCCCCCUCACCCGCCCCUGUUCCCCCUCACCCGCCCCUGUUCCCCCUCACCCGCCCCUGUUCCCCCUCACCCGCCCCUGUUCCCCCUCACCCGCCCCUGUUCCCCCUCACCCGCCCCUGUUCCCCCUCACCCGCCCCUGUUCCCCCUCACCCGCCCCUGUUCCCCCUCACCCGCCCCUGUUCCCCCUCACCCGCCCCUGUUCCCCCUCACCCGCCCCUGUUCCCCCUCACCCGCCCCUGUUCCCCCUCACCCGCCCCUGUUCCCCCUCACCCGCCCCUGUUCCCCCUCACCCGCCCCUGUUUCCCCCACGGGCAGUGGGUGUGCAACAUCCGGAAACUGAGAGGAGGGGGCAGGAGGCCUAUCGUGUACAGUGUGGGCAGUGCAGGGGAAACCUCCUUCGAGCAGGCUGUGAGGGAGCGGCUGCGCACCAAGGCGUUCACCUUCGACCCGUUUCUGGACGACCAGCAGGCAGCAGCGCUGCGAGCCAAGCACCUGCUGCGGUACAUCCCCAUCGGCCUUGGUGCGGGCAAGCAGCUCUCUGCUUUACGGCGGGGGGCGCCGGGGAAGCGGUUUGCCACGCUGGCCCAGCUGAUGGGGAAGCUCAACCACUCGCAUAUUGACGUUCUCAAGAUUGACUGUGAGCGCUGUGAGGAGCGGCUCAUGGAGGAUCUGCUCAACACGUUUGGCAAGGAGAAUCCACCAGCAGAGCAAAUCCUAGUGGAGAUUCACCAGAUUCGCCACGUGGCCAGGACCACGCAAGUCCUCUUCCCAUUGGAGGACAUGGGUUACCGCCUCUUCAAUGCAGAGGCCAACCCACGCUUCUCUUCGUCGGGUCGACCUCCAUCAUCCGACGGACGAGAUCUUUCAAGCCGCUCGACACGGACGGCCAAGGACUGA